CGGAGGGGAGGGGCUCGAAAAAAAUGUACGAAGAAAUAACGAGAAAUCACAGGCCAACGCACAGGCUCUUACGGGUUGUACAACGACGGGAGGCUCCGCGCCGUCAUGGCUGGUGGUGGACCGUGAUCCUCGUCCAAAUCGGGGAUUGCCCACCAUGACUCCACGACCGCACUGACGUAAAAGAGCCCUUCACAUAAGCAUCGGCAACUUUUAGCGGCUUGAAGAGAUGGGCAAAACUGUAGAUAUGGCAAGGUCGGCAAAGUCAGAAUCUGUCAAAGUCGUCGUCAGGUGUCGACCACUCAGCGUGCAGGAAAUCGCUGAUGGCCAUGAAAGGAUUGUUGACCUGUAUCCGGACACCGGCGUAGUGACUAUACGAAACUUUAAAGCAGGGGAUGCCGAUUCUGUGAAGCAAUACACCUUUGAUGCAGUCUACGAUUGCAACUCGAAACAGAUGGAUCUCUACGAUGAGACAUUCAGGCCUUUGGUUGACUCUGUGCUCCUGGGAUUCAAUGGCACAAUUUUUGCAUAUGGCCAGACUGGCACUGGGAAGACUUACACUAUGGAAGGAAUUCCGAACAACCCCGAGUGCCGUGGUGUCAUUCCCAAUUCCUUCGAGCACAUCUUCAGCCAUAUUGCAAGAUCUCAUAAUCAGCAGUACCUUGUCAGGGCUUCGUAUCUAGAGAUUUAUCAGGAGGAGAUCAGAGACUUGAUCUCAAAGGACCAGUCAAAGCGGUUGGAACUGAAAGAGAGACCUGACACGGGAGUUUACGUUAAGGACUUAUCUUCAUUUGUGUGCAAGAGCAUCAAGGAGAUUGAGCACGUCAUGGCAGUUGGAAACCAGAAUCGAUCUGUAGGGGCUACAAACAUGAACGUACACAGUUCAAGAUCACACGCUAUAUUCAUAAUCACAGUGGAGCACAGCGACCUCGGACCGGAUGGCAAGCACCACAUCCGUGUGGGGAAGCUUAACCUCGUUGACUUGGCUGGCAGCGAGAGACAAGCCAAGACAGGAACAUCUGGUGAUCGGCAAAAAGAAGCCAUCAAGAUCAACCUCUCGCUUUCUGCGCUGGGCAACGUCAUAUCAGCGCUAGUGGAUGGGAAAAGUUCCCACGUGCCUUACAGGGACUCAAAACUUACGCGGCUACUACAAGACUCACUUGGUGGCAAUGCCAAAACCAUCAUGGUUGCCAACGUCGGCCCAGCGAGCUACAACUACGAGGAGACGCUGACGACGCUAAGGUACGCCAACCGCGCGAAGAACAUCAGAAACAGGCCGCGUGUGAACGAGGACCCCAAGGAUGCAUUGCUGAGGGAAUUCCAGCAGGAGAUAUCAAGGUUAAAGGCCCAACUGGCAGCUCGAGACGUCAAAAAGAAAAAGAAACGACCCUCGUCCAAGGAGGUGUCACUCGGAGCAGACGACUUGACCGACGGCGACGCGGACGACGAUCGUGCCACGUCACCGUCGUCCAUGCAGCUAACGCUGGACGAGGAAAGGGUGGCCAUCUUGAAUGAUCACAGCCUUAUAGCAGAGGAGCGGGAACGCCUGUUGGGCGAGGUUCAAAAGCGGCAGGAGCAGCUGCUACGGGAGCAGGAGGCGGCCGACAAGCUGGCCCUGAAGGUUCGGGCGAUGGAGAGCAAGCUCCUGUCAGGCGACAAGAACAUCGUCGACCACACCAACGAGCAGCAGAGGGCCCUCGAGCAGAGGCGCCAGGAGAUCGCCGAGCAAAAGAGGCGUGAACGGGAAAUGCAGCAGCAGCUCGAAAUGCAAGAGGAAGGCACCUCAGAGAUAAAAGAGACGUAUACGUCACUCCAGCAGGAGGUCGACAUCAAGACGAAAAAGCUCAGAAAGCUGUUUGCAAAGCUACAGUCAGUGAAGACCGAAAUUCAGGACCUCCAGGAGGAGCACUCGAAAGAACGCCGCGACCUCGAACAGACUCAAAACGAACUUACCAAGGAACUCAAGCUCAAAUACCUCAUCAUCGAAAACUUCAUUCCACCUGAAGAGAAAGUGAAGAUUCUUUCGCGAGUCGUCUACGACGAAGAUGAAGAUCAGUGGGCCUUGCUGCCGCUGUCCGAAGUUCCGGGGGCUAUGGAGCCAUUGAGACCACCUUCGGCCAAGUCAAGCCUCAAGUCAAAGGGCGAGCACAUCCUACAGGUGGAACUGGACAUGCCCGUGCGAACGACACGAGACUACAAUGCCCCUGCCAUGUCGCCACACCUCAAGGCCGUCCUGGACGAUGCCCUGAGAGAAGAGGAAGACCUCGACAUCGAUGCCAGUCUAAGCAUCUUUCAACUGCGCGGUGAACCGAGACAAUACGGAAGGGAGAAAAGCCAUCGCUCUAGGUCAAAAUCGGCACGCCACCGCCAUCAGGAGCCACAGGACUUGGCUUCCGAGGUGGCUUCGUCCACGGCGAGCAUUUGUUACCCUGAGUCUAGAGGACUGGUGCCCAAGUGAAUGUCAGAGCCCCUACAGGAUCCACAGAAGACGGCCACUUUCCUACUGCUAGUGCAACUCCUGCUCUUCUUUGCCGCUUGCCUAGAGUGCUCGCUGCGCCGAUGAAUCUGCCACGUUGCGAUGGCCUAACCUGUUGCGUCCUUGCAUGCAUUGCGACGGCAGAACCCAUCACAACUUCGGUUUAGCAUGCAUUACGCAUUAUAACAGAGGAAGUUGUCACUGCUCAGCAUGUAUUGUGAUGUAUUGUGAUGGUAGAACUCGUCACUGGCUUGGCAUGCAUUGAAGGGAGCGGAAACCUAGUUCCCAUUUGCGGACCCCGGCGAUGGUCCGUUUAUGCAUCUAGCUUUGAGUUGUCGAAACCAAACUCAAACUAGUUUUUCAGGUGUGUAGGAACGAGCGUGCAUCAAAGCUCAAAAGAAGUUCUGGUUGGUUCUAAAGAGGUAUGAACAAGAACUAGAUGACAACAUCCUCUACGGCGAAGCUUGCAUGUGCAGUGACACUGCCCAGCUAAGGCAUGUGAACUCCUUGAAAAAAGCCAUCAUCACAAAACGCAGAUUUGUGGGAAGAUUUAGCAUGAAAACCAUAGACGCCUCACGUAUUCGCUUAAAUGUGACGAAAGCACUGCACCUGACAGAACAUUCAGCGCAGAGGCCACGUCACAAGUUCCCACACCGUGGAUGUUGCCUUCACGUAUCUUCAGUAGCAGAGAUUGCUUCGUAACACUGAUAGGUAAUAACGACCAAAUUAUACCAAACUGGCCAACCGACAUAAAUCUGCAUGCUGGGACAAUUUUCUUUUCCUGCACACUUGUGCAUCCUCGCAUUAUCUUCUCCCCAAUUGUGCACACUUCAAUUUCACGUUUCAAAAAAUCGACAUACGGAGAUGAACCAGCUCUAAUGUCAUGUUUUUAAUGUAGCAUAAGCAGCAUGUUGAGACACGUUAGCAGCUUAGCACCCUGUUAGAAGAACACGCCUGCUUUCAGUUCAGACUUGAUGUUCACUGCAGUUGCAAGUAGAAACAAGAAUGAUGCGCUGUACAGCAAAGCUGACAGUCAUACGGAUGAGUUGGUGACUAAUCAUAGCAAGGUGUACACGUGUCCGUGAUGCAGCAUGCAAGAUAACACACAGAGACAAGAGUGAGUGUUCUCUUUAUCCAGGUCUCAGUAUUCCUCUUGUUCGAUGCAGCACCUCACUCACAAAUUACUCUCAAGCCUGCUUAUAACAAAGUCACAUCAGCAACAAAAAUAACUUUGUUAUAUCCAAAAAAAGUUCGUUAUAGAUGUUUAACAUUGGCACUGUAUUUAUUGCAAGGCUAUGCUACAUUUACUUCGUUAUAACUGAUAAUUCGUUAUAUAUCAAGGUUUGCAGUGAACUAAGAUGUUCUGUGGAGCUGCAUGAAGGGGGAGCCAAUGCCAUCUAUACUACAUCUCGUAUCCAGAAGGAGCCAGAUUUUUCCGGAUGUUUCGGUGGCCUUAAGUUUGCUCAUACUCAGCACCUCUGUUCUUACUAACAACUCAUAAACUGUACUGUGUGCAUGUCGAAACCCAGCCACAUUGCUUUGCAAGGUGCACUCUUGCGCACCAUAUAAUGUUUUAUGACACGUGACGUUUACACCACGUUAGGAAAAAGUGUAGAUGAGGUACUCCUCUGCGACCUGAAUGCACAGAGAAAAAGUUUUUUCUUUUUUUUUAAUCCGUAAGGUUGUCUCGAAACAUUCUGCUUAGUGCGAAAUACUAGUUUUCGGAAAAGAAAAAAAAGUGAUGGGAUACGGUGGUCUGUACCAUAUAUGAAACAUUCCAGAGUACCGAUUGUAGUUCAGUUUCGUGACACCAGCAAAAUUGCGCGAGACCUGUGUGUACUUUUAAAAUUGUCAGUAAGGGUCGGUCAUGUAUGCAUGUCCUUUUGUGGUCCUUAAGGCGCAUUUUUCAUAAGCAUACAUGUAUUGAUGUACAAUGUGCUGCUUUUUUUCUAAGAUAAAAAGCUACUGAGUGUUUAUGUAACAAAAAUUGUCGUGUCAAGAGAUUACCUAAGUCAAAACCGGUAUGAUGCAUUCCACAGUUUAGUGUUUCACUAUUUCAUAAAAAUCACAGCUUAACUGUGCCUGACGAUAACAAUAUUUUAGCAAGCCAUACAUCGGUGGUGUGAAUGUUGUGCUGCAAGUCCACUCACAUAGAAGCAGCACUUAGUCCAUGAGUGAACUUAUAGGUUGGGGGAAACAUCUUUGUAAUAGAGGCCAUGUUGUUUGCAUUUGGCUGCUUUGAUGCACUUGUGACCGUUCCCAUUGCCAGCCAGUCGAUCGAAUCCAUUCCGUUUCUUGACUGCGCGUAACAACAGGAAUACGCUCUUGUAUUUGCAUAGUGUAAAUGCUAGUUAUUGUGAAAUGUACGAUUAUGAUGAUCAACUAGUUGCUGUCUGUAUUUGCAGCAUCACACUGUGAAUGUGUAUUUGUUAACUCUGUGUAAGUGUACCACACUCUUGAGAAUCCUGCUAUGCUUCAAGACACUGAGCUAAGAUGAAAGGUAGUAACAUAUUGGACAUUUAAGAAAAGAAAAAACCCUCGAGGACGUUGUAAAGUGCGCAAGCUUUUUAGGCAUCGCUUUGGUACUGCUCAUAUCAAUUUUUCCGCUAUGGCGAAGCUCGAGCUGUGAUAAGCAGCAGCCAAAGGUCUAAAUAGAGAUAAGCGCAUUACCUGUGUACAGCUAGGUAGCAGUUAUUGUAAGUACAUAUUUGCGUGCUUUGACGGUGGUUGUUGUAGCCCUUUCCUAUUAUUGUACUUGGUUUUAGUACUUAACGAACCAUGCUCAGGUUUUCUGCCUCCUUCUCUCCCCUGCCUAAUGCAGAAAAAAGUGAUCUAUAAUGAGCAGGGACUGUGAGGAUACCAAGACUAGAUGACAUUCAAUCUCGCCUUUGACUGCAAAAGUUAGCAGGCCCACAGGAUUUGAGAAAGCAUCGAAGUUCCGAGCUGCUUUCGACUGUAGCCAGAGGAAGGCCAUGCAGCACUACGGCAAGAUUAACUCUGUGAGAAGUGAAACUGACUUAGGAUGACAAUAGUACAUAUUGGAAAUACAGACACUGGGUUGUGUCUCGAAGCUAUGGAGAUAGCCAGCCUUUACUCAAAUCUCCUGCUCUGUAAAUUGUUGCAUUUCCAGCAAAAGUCCUUAAACGGCCACGUUGUGCGUCUAGGCAUGCCUUCUUUGACCGUACUGUGUACUCUUUAACACUUUGCUUUGCAGGCGCCGACUAAGUGAUUGAAAUUGCAGCGCCUCGGGGAUUGGCGUAAAAAUGAGAAAAUUCACUUGUGCCUGGUUCUGGUCCAAGUAGUACGUUUUCGUAGCACAGGAAAACAACACCCUUAAUAGAUAAUUAUCGUGAAAUGCCUGGUUAUCCCAGAGUCGUCAUCAUAUACACCCUGUCUGCAACUGUCAAUGCUACAAACUCAAAUUUAUGAAAAAUCCAUAAACAGGAGUUGUGUCAAGCCGAUGUUUCGACAAGCGGACUUGUAUUUCUCAAGGCUAGAACAGAACUUGAAAUCCGGUCCACUUGUCGAAACGUCGGCUCGACACAACCCCUGCUUACAGAUUUUUCUUCGCAAGCUUCCAUCUUCUUCCUACCUUUUUUUUUUUUGGAACUCAAGUUGAAUGAUUUUGGAGCCAUGUGUGGAUGUUUGACCCUUUGCUUGUGCUUGUAUGAAAAAAAAAGUUAGCAUGCUAAACUGUUUAGCAGCAACUGCUGCCUACCUCCCUAAUGGGAAAGCUUGGCUGCCCCGUCCCUUUGCUACAAGUGACACAUGGCGACAUCAUGCACAUUUGAGCACUCGCGAGAGCGUUCACACGUCGAAUGCAUCCCAGAAGUGACUACUGACGAGACACAUACCUCAUGCCCGAUGAAAUGAAGUCGGCUGUCAUUUGUGCUGCCAAGUGCAAGGGCAUCGUUUCUACUGCCACACAUGAAAACUGUAUUCCAUUCGAGUUCUAUUUAAGCAAGAAUAAGUAACAGCUUUCGUAUCAAAUUUGAAAUUUUAUUUAGGCCGAACUUAUCUGCCUGAAGCUCAUGCAGUUAUGCUCCUCCUUAUCCGGAUUGUUCAUUUGGUCUGAUGGAAUAACAAAAAAAAAUUUAAGAAAUGGGAAGGAAUUUUGAAAAAAAACUUUGCCCUUGGAGAGUAAGAUCAGUGUAGCACAUUUUAGGAGUAACACAGUAUGAUCAUUACUGUUGCUUCCAUAACCCAGGAGCAGCUGUGAAUGCAUGCAUAAACAUUAAUACUUAACGAUACCCAUUCUCACAAUGUUUUUUGCCAGACGUAUUCAAAAUAGGAUGCUGCAAAUUUCCGUUUGCUGCCUUCACGCAAGACUAGACAUGCAUUCCAAUGGGUGUCGGUGUUUUUCGGACUUGCUGCUAAUAGAGUUGCACAAUGAGUGAGCAUCACACAUUGAACGCAAUAUUAGGUAAGGCUAAAGACUUGAGCAUCAAGCGGAAGCACUGCUUUUGGCACAGCCCUUUUGUAUGCGAGAAAGAAAAAAUUUGCGAGCGUUACCAGUGCUACGAAUAUGUGGAGGCUGCCUCACGCUAUGCUUACGACUAUGAAACGGCAGGCGACCGCCAGUAACGAAAAGUUAGAGAAAACCGAAUUCGAGCACAAAGAAAGUGUUAGUGGCUUUCAGGCUGCACGCUCCAGUGACGGCUAGCACUGUCAGAGUAGUGAAAUGCUAUUUAGAAGGCAGCGACUAUGCAUACUUCAUCUGCUGGAAGCAACGAUGCGGUCAUUUCCUAGAGAAACCAAGUGAGAAAGUGUGGCGCCUUCUGUAGGGGUCCUCCAACCCGAAAGCAGCUGGUAGCGCCUCUGCAAGCGUGACCACCAAGAUUGUUGGCGCAGUGCGGAGUACCUCCAGCUGUGCCAACGUGUAUAAUACACUCCUCUAUCUUCUCUGGCAAUUAAAAGUUAUGUAGGAGGUACGCUGCCUUUAAUAUCCGUUUUUUGAAGUGUCUUGAGAAGGUAAUUUAUGGGCACAGACCGAACACUGAAGGAGUUAGUAGCACCGAAAUCUGACAGCUUAGGUAGACUUGAUGUAUCAGCGGCUUUAGCAUAUUUUUAGAAAACUAAACUUGUAGUCCCUUUAGCACUACUCUACUAUGUUAAGAUGUGGAUGGCUAGCCUACUUGCGUUAAAUUGUAGCUUUAGGAAAUGACAAAGCACAUUAAAACGAGAAACUAACUGUGCAUCAGCGUUGCUUUGUGUGAUAUAUGCAGUACAGAAUUGUCGAAGUGGCACCUAGAGCUGAUGACUGAAGUUGUUUGUAAGAGCUGAAAAUUUUGCCGCGUCUUGAAGCUUUCAUGUGUUUGAUAUUGGUUCAGAUUUCUGUGAAGAGCUUCCAAGAGCUCCUAAUGCUCAUUUCUUUUCCAUUAACGUGUACAGUCACCAAUAAGAUUUUGGUAUGCGGGGAAAUGCAAAGAAAACGUGAAUUGCAGCUGCCGUCUUAGCAUGGCACUUCUAAUGUAACGCAAGACUCCAGGUCACAAGUACGAUCAGCCGAGACUACGGAUGUGUUGGUACGCGAAAAAUUCUUGCUAUUCCCAUGUUCCAUAAGCUAUUGUGGCAGACUUCUCAAUAUGUAUGUCAUUUCAGCUGCACAGCAUGCAACCGUAUGCUGUCAAUAUAGUUUACAACUGUUUUACAGAAACGGUUUGUUUUUGCAAGCCAGCCUAUUUUGAUACUUGGAAAACCUUUGUUACCGAUACGGCAGCUGGACUGCUAAUUAAGGGCUUUUUUUAUAUGCUUUACCCAGAGUCCCGAAAAAUUGAACAAGUGUUGAUGUAGACGUGCAAAGUAUUUGUUUCUAGUCGACUGACUGCAAGUGAUAUUUUCGUAUGCACUGUUUUACUAAUUGGUGGGUAUUUAUUAACACCGGCUAACUUGGCAUAUGCCUUUUGACAUUGCAUGUCCUUUUUGAUUUCUUUUCAUGAAAGUUUAUUUUUUCCUCGAUGCUUGUUAGAACUGACCUUUUUAUUUUUGAUGGGGUGAAAAAUAAAGGACAUGGCAGUGAUGCCAUAAAAUG